AUGAGAGUGGGGGAAGUGAGGAGAGGUGGUGACUCACACCCGCCCACACAGGAGGGAAAGGAGGGUAUGGGAGAGGAGGGUAUGGGAGAGGAGGGUAUGGGAGAGGAGGGUAUGGGAGAGGAGGGUAUGGGAGAGGAGGGUAUGGGAGAGGAGGGUAUGGGAGAGGAGGGUAUGGGAGAGGAGGGUAUGGGAGAGGAGGAUAUGGGAGAGGAGGGUAUGGGAGAGGAGGGUAUGGGAGAGGAGGGUAUGGGAGAGGAGGGUAUGGGAGAGGAGGGUAUGGGAGAGGAGGAUAUGGGAGAGGAGGGUAUGGGAGAGGAGGGUAUGGGAGAGGAGGGUAUGGGAGAGGAGGGUAUGGGAGAGGAGGGUAUGGGAGAGGAGGGUAUGGGAGAGGAGGGUAUGGGAGAGGAGGGUAUGGGAGAGGAGGGUAUGGGAGAGGAGGAUAUGGGAGAGGAGGGUAUGGGAGAGGAGGGUAUGGGAGAGGAGGGUAUGGGAGAGGAGGGUAUGGGAGAGGAGGGUAUGGGAGAGGAGGGUAUGGGAGAGGAGGGUAUGGGAGAGGAGGGUAUGGGAGAGGAGGAUAUGGGAGAGGAGGGUAUGGGAGGAGGGUAUGGGAGAGGAGGGUAUGGGAGAGGAGGGUAUGGGAGAGGAGGGUAUGGGAGAGGAGGGUAUGGGAGAGGAGGGUAUGGGAGAGGGGGUAUGGGAGAGGAGGGUAUGGGCGAGGAGGGUAUGGGAGAGGAGGAUGGAACGUGCAAGGACAAGAGUCGCCUGGAGGGAGAUGGACGAGGGGAACGGUAG